AUGAUAAGAUCGAAGCCUCGUAAUAAUCUGGUUUAUGGUGUGGGAGAGAUUUUUAUGAAGUAUGUUUUCAACAGGACGUAUCUACUUUUGAUGCUGUUUCCGAUCUUUGGAAUGGCCGUUAUGGCAAAUGUUUUGUAUGCGAAGGUUGCCUCGAGUGUUCUUUCUGAGAUUGCAGAUCACAUUGAAAUGAGAGAUCUGGGCGAGAACACGCACAUUGUAUACAAGCUGCUGAUUUAUGGGAUAUUCGCAGCCCUGUUUGAAUAUUUCCCGAUAUUUUUGGCGGCAUACAUUGUACAGGACAUAUACACCGAUUGCUACCGCGAUGUUUUUUUUGAGUACAUAUCGCUGGACUACAAUGUAUUCCACGAGGUGUCACCUGGGGAUCUUGAGGGCCGAAUAAACAGAAAAUGCAAGGCAAUUGGAGACGCUAUUGAUGUGGUGAUUCCAACACUGAUGAGCUCGACGAUAUUUAUUGUGAUAGCAAUGGUGAAGAUUGUGUCCUUUGGGUCUGAGAAUGCACUGCUGUUUCUUACGAUUCCUCUGCUGUACAUCUCGACAACGGUCUUUCUGACAUCGAAGCGGAAUAUUAUCCGUGGAAAAUACAAUGUUGCAAAGAACAAGUCUGUGAAGAAGCUGAGCGACAUUUUGAACAACUACGAGGUGGUUAAGUCUUUUGGGCUCGAAGAAAGGGAGUCGAGUGUGUUCCACUCAACGCUGAAUGAUAGGGUAGUGCAGGGGACACGAUACAGUUGUUCUGAAAACAUCAUUACGUUUAUUCAGAAGCUCUGCUCAUUAGCUCCGCAUGCUAUGAUUUUAUAUCUCAGCCUGAACAAUAUGACUUUUAUGGACGCAAUAACAUUGAAUGGCCUCCAUGCGAUUCUUAAGGAAAGAAUGACCGAGUUUGCUCGAGAGUUUGUGGAGCUUUAUGAGAACUACUAUGACUAUUCGAGCUCUACGUAUGAGAAGGAGGAGGACAUGCCUGAGCAGGUUGACAUCGAAGGGUUUGGCGAUAGAAUAGUUUUCGACGGCGUCGGAGUUAAUAGAGGAGAGAAGACCAUACUGGAAAAGGUAAGCUUUGAGCUGAAGAAAGGAGAAAAGCUUGCGAUUGCUGGCCCAAACGGAGCAGGUAAGUCUACGCUUAUCAACGCUCUUCUGAGGUUUUUGGAGUAUUCUGGAAAAAUACUGAUUGAUGGUGUUGAGAUGAACGAGUAUAAGAGAAAGUCGAUCAGAAAGCUGAUAGCAUAUGUGCCGCAGGACAAUUGUGUGAUUGAUGGCACUGUGCUUAGAAACCUGAGAUAUGGCGAUUGGAGUGUGUCUUUGGAGAAGGUUAAGGAAAUAUGCAUGAAGUAUGGAACACACGAGGUGUUCAGUAGUCUUGAGGGAGGAUACUUCAAGCAGAGUGGACAGCAAGGGUGUGAGCUGAGUGUCGGGCAGAAGCAAUACAUGAGCCUGAUGAGGGCAAUAAUCAAAGACUCGCCGAUAUUUAUCCUGGACGAGGCAACCUCUGACGUUGAUCAGAAGACAGAGGCAGAGUUGAUUGAUUAUAUAAUGUCUGUUUUAUCUGACAGGACAAUAAUCAUGAUUGUGCACAACCAUGAGCUUUUGAAGAAGUUCGAUAAGGUGCUGUUUCUAAGUGGAGGGACAAUGAAGGGAUGCGGCAGUAUCAACGAGCUGCUCAAGACGUCUGACAAGUUUGUUGAGUUUUAUCUCGGAGAAGAUGAUCUCUCUGAUACUGGGAUCCAACCACAGGAAGGGUGUUGA